AUGUCUUCCACCACCCCCUCUUCUUCCCUAAAAAUCACAAAGCGACCUUGGAACCACCGCGGCCACGCCGACCACGGCUGGCUCUACACCUUCCACACCUUCUCCUUCGCCUCCUACUACGACCCUUCCCACGAAUCUUUCGGUCCCCUCCGCGUGAUCAACGAAGACCGCGUAGAGCGCGGCACGGGCUUUGGCACGCACUCGCACGCCGAAUUUCUCAUCUGGAGCUACAUCGUCCGCGGCGAACUCGAACACAAAGACUCGAUGGGAAACCUCGAAAACCUGAAGCGCGGAGAAGUACAGUUUACCUCUGCAGGCACGGGGAUCAGGCAUUCAGAGUACAACCGCAAAAAGGACGAAGACGUGCAUUUUUUGCAGAUUUGGGCAAAGCCGUACACGAAAGGCCUGCAACCAUCCUACGUAACCAGAAAAUUCACGGAUGAGAUGAAGGAAAAUAAACUCGUCAGGAUCAUGGAGGAUGUCAAACGCCACAGUGGAGCAGACGCACAAGAUCAACCUAUCCCUCUGCAUGCGGAUUUGAGCAUGGAUGCUAGUAUCCUAAGCCCGGGCAAGAGCGUCACUCACGAUAUCGUGGCGGAGGGAAAGAGAAAUGUAUUCGUGCAUUUGGUCAUGAGUGGCAGAACGCAGCCAAAGACCGGUGGCGCAAAGAUCAAGGUCGGAAAUGUCGAGUUGGGUGAGGGUGAUGGUGCGUAUAUUAUCAAUGCUACCGGACCGGGAAAGAUCGAGGUCGAGAGUGUUGGCGACAAGCCCGCUGAGUUUUUGCUCUUCGAUAUGGGGCUGUAA